AUGGAUUUUGAUAAAGAGUUGGAUAAAUCCUUGAAAGUGCAAACUUCGGGGAACAUUCCGGUAAUAGGAAGCUUUGAGGAGAUGAGUUUAAAGGAGUCCCUUUUAAAAGGAAUCUAUGCAUAUGGCUUUGAGGCGCCGUCUGCAAUCCAGUCUCGAGCAAUCGCCCAAGUUAUUCAAGGAAGAGACGUUAUAGCUCAAGCACAAUCAGGAACAGGGAAGACUGCCACUUUCACAAUCGGGAUGCUUCAAGUCGUGGAUACAAGUAAAUUCGAGACCCAAGCAUUGGUUUUAUCAACUACGCGGGAACUUGCAGCUCAGAUUAGAAGUGUCAUCAGCGCUUUGGGUGAUUAUAUGAAAAUUCGAUGCCACGCGUGCGUAGGCGGGAAGAGUGUUGGGGAGGAUAUAAGGGCACUCUCAAAAGGACAGCAUAUAGUAAGUGGCACCCCAGGGCGUGUUUUAGACAUGAUCAAGCGCCGCACACUUAGCAUAAGAAAUGUAAAAAUGCUUGUUUUGGAUGAAGCCGACGAGCUGCUUGGCAAGGGAUUUCAAGAUCAAAUCAGUGAAAUCUAUCAGUAUUUACCUCCAUCAACGCAAGUGGUGGUCGUAUCAGCAACGCUACCAAAAGCUGUUCUCUCGCUCACCAAUAAAUUCAUGUCGGAUCCAGUCAAAAUAUUAGUCAAGAGAGACGAACUAACUUUAGAAGGAAUAAAUCAAUAUUAUAUUCAGGUCGAGAAAGAAGAUUGGAAAUUUGAUACGUUGUGUGAUUUAUAUGACUCAUUAACGAUUACUCAAGCUGUCAUAUUUUGCAAUACCAAGAAAAAGGUUGACUGGUUGAGCGAAUCACUUCGAAAAGCAAACUUUACUGUUUCCUCAAUGCAUGGCGAUAUGCAACAAGACGAGAGGGAUCGCGUGAUGGAUGAGUUUCGACUUGGUAACUCUAGAGUUCUCAUAUCGACAGACAUUUGGGCGCGAGGAAUUGAUGUGCAACAGGUCUCGUUAGUCAUCAAUUACGACCUGCCUUAUGAUAAAGAAAACUAUGUCCAUCGUAUCGGGCGCUCUGGUCGCUUUGGAAGAAAGGGCGUAGCGAUAAACUUUGUCACGAGGAACGAAUUGGGCGAUUUGACUGAAAUUGAAGAGUUUUUCAGCAUCAAGAUCGAUGAAAUGCCAUCGGAUUUGAGUGAUGUGUUAUGA